AUGAUCCAUUACCUGAUUACCCUGCCUGUGCUUUUCACCAUCUCUGUGAGUUCAACAGCUUUCGGAACAGACUGGGAUAAAGUUGUAAAAGACUCUCUGCAGGGAAAGAUCUCUGAGAUCGAGCACUUUACUGUGCUCCACUCUUCAUCAUGCUCUCCGUAUUGUCCGGACGGCUGGGUGACCUACAGCGGACGCUGCUUCAAGUAUUUUAACAAUACUUUUGACUGGAUCUCUGCUGAGGAUCACUGUUUAAGCCUUGAUGCCAAUUUAGUCUCCAUACACAAUGAAAACGAGUACCAGCUGGUGAAAGCCCUGAUCCGAGAUAAAGAUCCUAAAGACAAAUACGCUGUGUGGAUCGGACUCUCAGCCUGUCAGAAGAAAUACAAUUGGAUCUGGUCUGAUGGCAGCAAAUUAACUUACACUAACUGGAACCCCAAUGAGCCCAAUUUUGCAUAUGAAGAAUGUUGUGUUCAUAUGAACUUUGGUGCUCAGAUGAACUGGAACGACAUUCCAUGCAAUUUUAAAUUUGCUUUCAUCUGUGCCAAAAAGCUUCCUUAAAAUCUGACAGACAGGAAAAUCAUGUCAUUAUAUCAAUAAAAUAUCAUUAUAGCAAUGAAUCUGUUUUUAUACCUGACAGCCACAUGUUCCAAUACUUUUGCUCGCAAGAAUAAUAACUGGGUUCAGACAAAAUGUGCUAUCUUCUACCAAAUGCUAUAUUUAAAAUUCAUACAGUAAACUUUUAAUGGCGUUUAACAAUUUUUAACAAUGUUCUGUUGUAAAACUAUAGAACACAAUGCAUCUUGGGAUGCACUAUGAAUACAGAUCCUACCUGUAUAUGUAACAGUAUCAUUUGAGGGGAAAACAGGUGCAAUAUUUAAGUUAUUUCCAGCAAUUUACUGCUUUGUUGUGAGAAUAAACGGCAGGCAUAUACACAUCAAAUCUAUCACAUGCAGAAAAACUACUUGCUCUAACUUUGUUUGGGUAGAAUUUACUCUAUAUGUCAAUCGUCAGUGUGCCUUAUAAUCCUUUACAUUACAUUACAUUACAAUACAUUACAUUUGGCAGACGCUUUUGUCCAAAGCGACUUACAAUAGUCAAGUACAAAAGUAAUAGAAGUUCAAAGUAAAACAUCUUUAGAUAGGGCUUAAAGGAGGCCGAAGGGAAAUAAUGGGAUAGAGGAGUGAAGGAGGGGAAGAAGGAAAUUAGGUUAUAAGUAGUUAGUGUGUUAGAGGUGUUAAGAGAGUAAGUGCUCUUUGAAGAGCUCUGUCUUCAGAAGUUUAUUAAAGAUAGUGAGAGAUUCUCCUGAUCUGGU